UUAAUUCCCCUCGCGGAAAUCAAGAACUGCGUCUGCAAAGUUUACCCUUCGUGUUCUGCCGAUCGCUUGAUCGCCCCUUUCCUAGAAAGGAAGUCGCGCAGAAUAGCGCAGACCUUGGGGCGCAGACGCAAGUCUGAGAGUCCGACUUUCUUCGCUUAGUCAGUAUCUAACGCAUUCCUGUCAGUAAUCACAGAACUCUCGCUACUUCAAUAAUGCUAGAAACCAUAUCGAAAAAAACGAAUCCUAUCGCAACGGUUUACAAUCAUGAGAAAGACAUGCAGCUGAGCGUCCAGCUGAAUCGUUGGAUACUGCAGCCGAUCGGUGUCUGGCCGAAAUUAACUGCGAUUUCAUAUAUGGAGAGAUACGCGUACGGGCUGGUGAACGUAAUGUGCACCAGUCUGAUCGGCUUCCUCUUCGUACCCUCUGUCAUGUACAUGGUACUUGAAAUGGACAACACGUACCACAUCUUGAAACUUUCCGGGCCGCUGAGUUUUUGCCUAAUGGCCGUUGUCAAGUACUCCUCGCUGAUCUUCCGCGAGAGCGAUAUUCGCAGUGGUAUCCAGCAUAUUGAGAGCGACUGGAUGAAUACUCGGCAUUAUAGCGAUCGGGUCAUCAUGGUCAGGAACGCAAAAUUCGGUCGACGCCUCGUGGCGAUCUGCGCGUUCUUCAUGUACGGCGGUGCCGUAUUUUACUAUCUCGCCUUGCCCUUCAGUAAAGGCAAAGUCACGGAGGGCGAUGGGAACCUGACGUACAGGCCGCUGGUGUAUCCAGUCGCCAGGAUCAUUGUUGACGCGAGGUAUAGUCCUAUCAGUGAGAUUUUCUUUUGGGUACAGUGCAUAUCGGGUUUCAUAGCACACUCCAUCACUGCCGGUGCAUGCAGCUUGGCCGCCGUGUUCGCGAUGCAUGCCUACGGCCGCCUGGAAGUCUUAAUACAAUGGAUCAAACACUUGGUGGACGGUCGGGAAGAUCUCUGCGAUAACGUGGAUGAGAGAUUGACAAUGAUCGUGCAGCAGCACGUUCGAAUCUUGCGUUUUAUAUCGCUAACGGACAAGGUAUUGCGUGAAAUAUCUGUCGUGGAAAUUGUAGGAUGUACGUUAAACAUGUGUUUUCUUGGAUAUUAUACACUCACGGAAUGGGAGAGUAAAGAGACUACAAGUUAUAUAACGUAUAUUGUUCUGCUUAUAUCUCUUACGUUCAAUAUUUUCAUAUUUUGUUACAUCGGCGAACUUGUUGCCGAAAAGUGCAAAAAGAUCGGCGAGGUAUCGUACAUGAUCGAUUGGUAUCGUCUAUCCGGAAAGAAGAGUCUCGCUCUUGUAUUGAUGAUCGCUAUGUCCAAUGCGUCAGUUAAACUUACCGCCGGAAAUCUCUUCGAAUUGUCCCUCAGCACUUUCGGCGACGUGGUUAAAACAUCUGUCGCCUACUUGAACAUGCUGCGUACAUUGACUACAUAAAACUUGACCGAAAUGUAAAAAUUAAUAUCAACACUUGAUUACAAUCUAAAAUAAAUGCCAAUUAAUUAUCUGAUAUAUGUCUAGAAGAAAGAAA